AGAAAACAGAAACUACGAUUGACCUCGACCGGAGAGACACCCGACUUCUCAUCGAUAGACCUGCACUCUGGCAUUUAAACACUUUUCCCUACGUCCAUCCACUUUCCAAAAAUUCAUUCACCCAACAUCAAUUUGACAAAUCCAUUCCUCCAUUCAUCACAUCUUUCUGCAACCUAUCUAUCUACACAAUUUAAUUAUUCACCACCAUCAAGUAUCAUCAAGAUGGCUCCACUAGACACCGAUUCUCAGUUCAAGUUCCUCAUCGCCUGCAUCAAGCACUCGACUGCUGGCAAGGUCGACUUUAACGAGGUCGCCAAGGAGCUUUCCAUCAUCACCAAGGGUGCCGCCGCCAAGAGAUACGAGCGCCUCAUGAAGGCCCAUGGAAUCGGCUCCGCUAGCAGCGUCAAGAAGGAGUCCAAGGACUCUAAGGAGGGAGUAAAGACUCGCGCCACACCCAGCAAGAAGCGCAAGCUUGCCGCGGUUGACGAAGAUGCCGGAGACGUCGAUGAACCGGUGAAGAAGGAGAUCAAAGGUGAAGUCAAAACCGAAGAUUCAAUCGCCGUGAAAGCGGAGCAGGAGAAUGGCGGCAGCGCGACUACUAUCGCGCUCGGUGCUACAUCUAUCAACGGAAUAGCAUCUGUUGGUCAGGCGAGCUCGUCACCUUCAACCAACGCACAGAACGACGAGGAUGACGAUGAAGUCCUAGUCAUCUGCGCCACGGAGAAGCGUGAUGAUGGUAAUGUCCCCGUCUACGGCGGCGGUCACCAUCAUUCGCAUUCGCACUCGCAUUCGCCUGCUCCAAUGAUUCCGGGGAUCCAUUCAUUUGAUUACGCUGCUAACGUCGGUUUCCCUCAACAGUUUCCCACUCCGACGGCGACGGCGAGGAUGUCGUCUCCGCAUAAUUCUCACCCCUAUGGAUUUCCACCUAGCACAUGGAUUUACCCACACCACGAGACACACAACUAUCUUUAG